AUGGCGUGGCAAGUGAGCGUGCCCGAGCUGGAGGACCGCCUGCAGUGCCCCAUCUGUCUGGAGGUCUUCAAGGAGCCCCUGAUGCUGCAGUGCGGCCACUCCUACUGCAAGGGCUGCCUGCUGUCCCUGUCCCGUCACCCGGACUCGGAGCUGCGCUGCCCCGUGUGCCGGCAGGAGGUGGACUGCAGCAGCUCCCCGCCUAACGUCUCCCUGGCGAAGGUGAUCGAAGCCCUGCAGCUCCCCGGGGACCCUGAGCCCCAGGUCUGUGCGCACCACCGGAACCCUCUCAGCCUCUUCUGUGAGAAGGACCAGGAGCUCAUCUGCGGCCUCUGCGGCCUGCUGGGCUCCCACCAGCACCACCGGGUCACGCCUGUCUCUACCGUCUACAGCCGCAUGAAGGAGGAGCUAGCAGCCCUCAUCUCCAACCUGAAGCAGGAGCAGAGGACGGUGGAGGAGCAAAUUGCCAGACUGGUGAACAACAGGACCCGGAUUGUCAAUGAGUCUGAUGUCUUCAGCUGGGUGAUCCGCAGUGAGUUCCAGGAGCUGCACCAUCUGGUGGACGAGGAGAAGGCCCGCUGCCUGGAGGGGGUGGAGGGUCACACCCGUGGCCUCGUGGCCUCCCUGGACAUACAGCUGGAGCAGGCCCGGGGCGCUCGGGAGCGGCUAGUGCAGGCCGUGGGUGUGUUGGAGCAGUUCGGCAACGAGAGUCACCAUGAGUUCAUCCGGAAGUACCAUGCCAUGGCCUCCAGUGCAGAGCUCCAGCAGGCCCGGCCCCUGGAAGGCGCGUUCAGCCCCAUCUCCUUCAAGCCAGGCCUGCACCAGGCUGACAUCAAGCUGACUGCGUGGAAAAGGCUCUUCCGAAAGGUUCUGCCAGCCCCGGAGUCCCUCAAGCUGGAUCCUGCCACGGCCCACCCCCUCCUGGAGCUCUCCAAGGGCAACACGGUGGUGCAGUGUGGGCUCCUGGCCCAGCGGCGCGCCAGCCAGCCCGAGCGCUUCGACUACAGCACUUGCGUCCUGGCCAGCAGGGGCUUCUCCUGUGGCCGCCACUACUGGGAGGUGGUGGUGGGUAGCAAGAGCGACUGGCGCCUGGGGGUCAUCAAGGGCACAGCCAGCCGCAAGGGCAAGCUGAGCAAGUCCCCAGGGCACGGCGUGUGGCUCAUCGGCCUGAAGGAGGGCCGGGCGUACGAGGCCUUCGGCUGCCCGCGGGCGCCCCUGCCCGUGGCCGGCCACCCUCACCGCAUCGGCGUCUACCUGCACUACGAGCAGGGGGAGCUCACCUUCUUCGACGCCGACCGCCCCGACGACCUGCGGCCGCUCUACACGUUCCAGGCCGACUUCCAGGGCAAGCUCUACCCCAUCCUGGACACGUGCUGGCACGAAAGGGGCAGCAACUCCCUGCCCCUGGUGCUGCCCCCGCCCAGCGGGCCCAGCCACCUCACCCCCCCGCAGCCCACCAAGCUGUAG